CAAAUUGAUUACUUGAGGAUAUGGCGGCAAUACGAGGAAGGACAGCUUCAUGCCUUGCUUGAGAUGGAGCGCCGCCGUAAUGAAACUUGCCCACAUUGCCACGCCUCUCCUGCGGGAUGGCGAUGUCUUUCGUGUUUCGGGACUCCGGAAGGUUGCACUGACUGCAUGCGCAACACUCACAAGCAGCUUCCGUUUCACAAUGUGGAGAGCUGGGAGGGGAGUCAUUGGCGCCGAGUCACUACGGAUAGCCUUGGGGUUCAUCUUCACAUGGGCCAUGACGGCGCGAUGUGCCAGAGCCUGGCGACAUCCGCAGAUGAUGAGAGUUGGGUAGAACAAGACCUCGGCGACAUCUCCGACGCAGAUAGAGUUGCUCUCGAAUGCGGUCUGGGGCAAUCAUUCAGUCAUCUUCCCCCACCUGAUUCUGACACUGACGAAGGAAAGCAGAAAGCGCCAAAGGAGUCAAGAAUCACGGUGGUGGAUGUAACAUCGAUCUACGAAUUCACAGUGGUAUGGUGCGAAUGCCAGCCCGACUAUCCUUUCCAUCGACAACUGCUCGACAUGCGUUUAUACCCUGCGUCUUACAAUGUCCCUCAGACAGUUUUCACCUUUGAUGUUCUCGAGGAUUUUACCCUUAGCAACCUGGAGAACAAAGUACCAGCGAAUGCGUACUUUUCUCGCCUCGUUCAUGCGACCAAUUCAGCAUUUCCCGCUUUGGUCCCCGUGCGGAGUCUUUUUUUGAUUUCCCGUUUCCAACGUUGUGCACGUCAGUGGAUGCAUUUGAUGUCCCGGAAGUCACAUGGGCACGGAUAUGGCCAGCCCGACCAGGAGAAUGCUGCAGGGUCAAUGGCGGAAUUUUGUGCGGCAUGCCCUCAGCCAGGGGUAAACCUAGCUGAAAAUUGGGAAACAAUGAAUGCUCCAGAAUGGUUACACGCUCGCCAGCUCAUGGUCGAUGGCAACUUCAAGCAACAAAAUUACCGCAUGCGACGUCCUGAAAAUGACAUUUGCUUGGGAGAUGGUCUUGCCUACACUGUCAACGAGGACGAUUACCAGAAGUAUCUGUCAGUCUCAAAGGAAAAAAAACAGAGAUCAACAUGUAAUGACCACCGCGCGGUACUUCUCACCAACAAGCGGCGUAGCCAUGUCCAGGUCACUGGUAUUGCGGCUGUUGCAUGUGCGCGGCAUGCAUGCUUCGUACCGAAUGCAACCGCUGAUCUACAAUUUGGAGAAAGGCAAAUUAAUAUUGACUACGUCAUCGUAAACGCAAUCUGGAUGAUGCUAGUGCUUCGGCUUGUCCUCUUCUACGAUAUUGCGUGUCAGUACAUGGUCAAUUUCUUGACGCGUGUCCGUGACCACCCUCUUCUCUCGUUACCUGCGGGUCUGAAGAUCAUUCCAUCCAUUGGGCUAUUUCAUGUGCAUGGACACCGGGAAAGUUGCGUCGCACGAUAUUCCCCAACUUUCAUCAAAGGACUAGGUUGGGUCUCCGGAGAGGGGAUUGAAACGGUGUGGCCCGGGCUCAAUGACCUUGCGCACAGCACCAGGUACAUGGCUCCGGGCGGUCGCAGGCAAUUUCUAAAUUUGCACAUGGGCUGGCAUAACGACAAAAAGAAGCACGGGAUUGACCUCAGGAAGCUUGAAAAUGUCUGUGAAGAUGCUCUUAUUGCAGGGUGGCAACAGCUACUCAACAAGGCUUACGCCGCCCCUGGCAAUGCCAAAGUGAAGGAUGAGGUUUUCAAUGUCAAAGUGGGGAAACUCCCCUCCCGCGCUGAGAAAGGUCAUGAGAUCACCCAGAAGCAUGGAGCAAAGCGCGAGGACCGCGACAUGGUGCGGUGGGCGAACUUGGGGAUGGACAUAGAGGAAGCACAAAUUCGGGUCCAGAUGCUCGUUAGACGAUAUCAGCAACACCGCCGACGUGCAGACUUGUUGACUAUCCAAAAGGAGCAGAGAAAGCUUAGUCUGAAAAUCCAGGAGUUUGAAGACGACGCCAUCAAGUACAUGGGAGGUUUGGAUGUUGACGACCCGCAUAGCGCAAAAGAUGCCCACCCAACUCCUUUGGGCGAUGUUCAAGCUGACGAUGAUGACGUCAUGCAUGCCGACCUCGAUGAUACCGCUGAACCGGAGAACGUCACCAUAGGCUUGCCGUCAGCAUUCGGUUAUAAGCGCUGUAUGGCCUUGGGGCUGUCACGUGUUGUCGACGUCGAGAUGCAGCUGCGUAAAGGCCAGGCCCAUGACGCCCUUCAACACAUUCGGGACCAUAUCGGAAAAAAAUCGGUCCUUGCACGUAAAGCGCUCCGAGAAGUACGCGGCAGCCAACGCCAAGAGGGUGCAGUCUGGGACAGGUUCCAUGUCCUCAGCACAAAGAUCAACCUUCAACGUCUCUACUAUAAUCGAGCUCGCGCCGCUAUGUAUUCUUUGGCAAAGGAUCCUGCAGAGAUCAGCCAGUAUCAGAAGAUGACGCGAGUAGAUCUACAAGCCCAGACUGAACAACUGAUUCCAGAUGCUCGAGGAAUGCGACACAGGUCUCUGUCAUGGAUAUGGACCAUUGAUAUAGACGAGGCCCUAGCGGGGAAGGACCGGAGUCAACUCAUUAAUGCGAUAGCGCAAUCGCAGUGGUUGAUGGCAAAAUGCAUCGUCGACAGGGCGCAGGAGGAGAUUAUUCUGUUGCGUCAUGAGAUGGAAUGGGUCCCUGCUUCCUUCAAACACGCCGCCGCCAAGUGGGAGCUGUUAGCAGAGACGCCGCACGGGAAGCAGGUCGGUCAUCGCUCUUACGCCAUGAAACAGCGGGCAGCAAACAGUCGGCUCCAUGUUAUGGCAGUUGCGGCGUUCAAGGCCCUGCUAAAUAAGCGCCCUCCCCCCGAUGGUUUUAACGUAGGAGUGAGUGAGACAGGUGACGUCACGUGGUGA